AUUUUGAGAAGCUCGGCGGGAACAAUAUGGUCAUCAUGGGUAACACAGGCGCGCCGAUUGUGACUUCGAAGGAAGAGCUCCUCCAGGUCAUACCGCGACGUGGUCCAAUCCACCGCCCGUGCGCAAAGUGUCAGAAGAGUCCAGAGAAGGGGAAGACGUUCAUGGAAUGUGCGCAAUGUAAACAAUCACACUAUUGCGGUCGCGAAUGCCAAAAAGCUCAUUGGAAGGAACAUAAGCCAUUGUGCCUUCAGCGCAAGGCUCAACAGGAAGGAUGGGCAAGAGCUGAAGAAGCAGCGCUGAAAGCCGGAAAAAUCUUCUACUCACCGAAGACAUCACAAGCGUGGUAUCGAAAGAACACAGAUAUUGUCUCUCAUGCUACUUUCCAUGUCCUUGAAUUAUACAAAGGUCCCUCGGCUUCGCUUCAUCGAACCCACAUCGCAUGGUUUGAGCUCUCCUUCGAUAAAGACAAGCCCAAAGAUGUAGACGCCAUCUCUCUACACGAUGUCAAAGCCGCUCCACUCGACAUUAUCGGCGAACGUAUCCUCGGCGCCGCCACGGUCGCGCACAUCAAGCAUGGCAUCGAGCUCGGGAUGAUGCCAUGCAUAAUGACGAACAAGGAGCUGAAUGCCAUGACAAUGGAAAUGCACCAGGCGCCGGAGUGGAGGCUGUAUACUUCGGGGUUGAAGAAGCCGGAUGAGAACUGGAAGAUUCAUUGUAUACUCAUGGCUGGUGGUGCUCUUGACAAGGUGGUUUGAAAGGAAAAACGUCUACACAUGUUUCGAAUAUUGAGGAGGACAUAUGUUUGGUAUGGCUACCACUGCAUGUCGUCGAUAUACUCAUCAGGUGCACUCCGUUCCUUCUUUUAUGGUUUGCGGUAUGGUAGAACCCCGAAGUUCUCUUGUUACGCCAUAAUUUCUUCUCGACGGUGUACGCAAGUCGAAAAC